AUGAAUCACAUUUUAAAACUUACGUGCGAUUGGAAAGUCCAGAAAAUUCCGGAUUUAGUGGAAAAGCUGUACAAGAUCGUCCAGCUCCAGUACGCAGAUGUUAGGCGUGCUCUCUAUGGGAUGGGAAAUUACGUAGUCGCUCCCUGGAUGGCAAAGUUCAAAAUUAGCCAAGCUAACUGGGCUGCCAAAUCAAUCAUUGAAAAAGAAACUUGGUUUUUAAAGUUCCUGAAAGGCGCACCCAAAGCGGAGAAAGCUGUGAAGUCAACAGACGGAAGGUUGACCAUACCUAAGACUCAGAAAACUGCUAGGAAACCCGGUCAGCGAAAGAGA